CCGACCGGCUCUCUGCAUCGGGCAGUACCUAGUACUAACAGGGGGGGGGCACGUACUUGCACUGCAGUUCGCGCCUUUGGUGCCUUAUUACCUACCUCUGGAUGACCGCAUGUACACAUGUACCUCGCGUCCAGACGCCCAAGACAAUCCCUCGAAAAGCCAUCACCGUGCAAGGACAAAGCGCCCGCCGCCUCCCGCAACCGAUCGACCGACCUCCCGACCUCCCGGGCCGACCGAGCGCUCGCGAGCCUGUCGCAGCCAUCACCACCCCGCGCAACCGCCUGCGCAGGCCUGCGCUCGGCACGAGGGAAUGCGCCCAGCAGUGGCUCGCACCGCCAUCGGCGGCGGUGUUCGGGCUUGUUCAGCGGCUGCGGCACCGGCAUCGCCGCCAACUUCGCCGUCACACACAGCCCUGCGUCCCUGCCGCGGCGCCACCUCGCCGCCCAUGCGCCUGGCCGUCGUCGGUUCCGGACCCGCCGGGUUCUACGCCGCUUCUAGAGUAAUGUCCAAGCUGCCGGGCACCCUCGUCGAUAUGUACGAGGGCCUCCCGGUGCCCUUUGGUCUCGUCCGACAUGGUGUUGCCCCAGACCACCCCGAGGUCAAGGUGACGCAUGCGAUGCCCUCUCUCCCGCCCUCCCCCGUCUGACGCGGCAUUCUCCGUCUGGCCGUCGGCUGACCCAGAAUCACGGCGUAGAACUGCCAGGACCGCUUCGGCGAGAUCGCUGCGGCCCCCAACUUCCGCUUCCUGGGCAACGUCUCCGUCGGUCAACCCCUUCACGCCGCCGAACACUGCGUCGCGCCGCUUGGCUCUCUUAUGCGCCACUACGACACUGUACUUCUCGCCUACGGUGCCUCCGAGGACAAGAAGCUCGGCAUCCUCGGCGAGUCCACCUUGACGGGCAUUUACUCGGCCCGCCAGUUCGUCGGCUGGUACAAUGGGCUCCCCGAAUGCGCGGGCCUCCGGCCUGACCUCCUCCGUGGCGAAGACGCCGUCGUCAUCGGCCAGGGCAACGUCGCACUGGACGUGGCCCGCAUCCUGUUGGAAGACGUUGACGUACUGAGGAAGACGGACAUCACGGAGCACGCCCUAGCGGAACUAGCACGCAGCCGUGUUCGGAGAGUCCACGUCGUUGCCAGGCGCGGCCCGAUGCAGGCCGCCUUCACAAUAAAGGAAGUGCGGGAGCUGAUGAAGCUGCCGAGCGUGGCAUUUUGGCCCGUAAACCGGUCUCUUAUUCCUCAAGACAUAAAAAACCUCCCUCGCGCUUCGAGGCGCCUCAUGGAAGUCCUCCUUAAAGGAACUUCACUGUCCCCCGGGCAAUCUUCACGCUCCUGGUCCCUCGACAGCUGUCUCUCGCCCAGGCACUUCCUUGGUCGGUCGGACAAUCCAACAGCCGUUGCAAGCACAGAAUUCGACAUGACGCAUCUCGAGGAACCCUUCAACCCCGCGUCGCGCGUUAUUAACACAGGCUCCACCAAAGUACUGCCGUCCGACGUUGUGUUCCGCUCCGUGGGCUACAGAUCUGUCGCACUGCCCGAGUUCGCCGAAGCCGGCAUUCAAUUCGACGCGGCACGGGGCAUCGUCAGUAAUGACGGCCUAGGCAGAGUGACCCGUCUCGUUUCCGGCGAUGAUGCAAACCCCCAUGUAACAGCCCAGCAAGUAGCUGGGCUCUAUUGCGCUGGCUGGCUCAAGAGAGGGCCCACGGGCGUGAUUGCGUCUACGAUGCAGGACGCCUUUGCCACGGGCGAUGCCAUAGUGCAAGACUGGCUAUCGGGAGGACGCUUCCUGCAACCUGACCAGAUUCAGUCUCCUGGUGGAUGGGAGGCAGUCAUGCAGGACGUUGGUCCUAGUGCAACAUCCGCCGUGUCGUGGGAUCGGUGGCUCAGAAUCGAUGCGGCAGAGAAAAGCCGUGGACAUCGCCUGGGCAAGGAAAGGGAAAAAUUCACCAGAACUAGCGACAUGCUGUCGGUGCUUUGACCCGGAGCACCAGUUCUGGACGAAGAUGGCCUAGAUGAGAGAUAGGGCAUGCCCGACAUAUAUGUGCAUGUGAUGUAAUAGUAUUACGACCC